UUCAGUUAGGGGCUUUGGUCAAAUGUGUUUGGUUAUGUAAUCUUUAGAUAAAUUACUGGUUUAACUUAACAUAACAGAGUUAUUAGACACUUGAAUGUUCUUCAAGUCAAUAAGAUCUCUUAAACUGGCUGUUUUGUGUUUACAUAAAUCUGAAGAAAUAAGUUGAUUGGAUUAUUUGUAUAGCAAGAUCAUAGAGAAGAAUGAAGCAAUCCUUUGAGCCGCCAAGGGUAGUAGUGAUUGCAACUACUUUGGCUGCAAUUAUGAUCACUGGAUUUAUUUAUUUGAAAAAAAGUAAAAGCCGUAGAACCCAACGAGAGGUCUUUGAAGAAUUGAAAAUACCUACAAAAUGGACAAAAGUGGGCGAAGUUGGAGAACUCAUUUUGUACCCGCUGAAAGGAGCCAGGCGCAAAUGUUUAGAAGAAGCUGAAUUCACUAAGAUAGGCUUGAGGGAGAUUGGCACUGUGAAUGAAAAUAAACUUGCACUUCAAGAUAGAGUUUUUGUAGUUUACAAUGACAAAAAUGAGUUUGUCAGUCUUAAGAAAAAUUCAAAAAUGUUGAAGGUUGAAGUUUCAGCAGCAAGUGAGUCAACAGUUAGAUUUACAUUUCCCGAAGAAGAAGACCUUAUCAUAGAAAUUCCAGGAAAUAAUGACAACACUAGUGACCUUCACUUUUACUAUGGUGAGAAAGUGAAGGCUAUAGAUUGUGGUCCUAAAGCAGCCGUUUGGUUUUCUCAUGUGCUAGAGGGUAAAACUGACGGCUUGCGACUCGGAUGUUUUGUUGAGUCUCUUCUACCGCCCCGCUCCCUUCAAGGUGCCUUUGAGAAACAGUUAGCUGUAUAUCCAAAGAUGCAUGGUGAAUAUUUGGGAGCCUUUUCUGAUAUGGCAAGCUACAUGCUGAUGAGUGAAGGAUCACUGAAUGAUUUGAACGGUCGACUAGACCGACCAGUUAGUGAACACAACUUCCGACCCAACAUUUUAGUGAAGGGAUGUCCUGCAUUCAGUGAGGACUCGUGGGACUGGGUGAGGAUUGGAGAAGAUGUUGUUCUAAGGGGCUUCAAGUACUGCACCAGGUGUGUAGUGACAACAAUCAACCCAGACACAAUUGAAAAAGAUAUCAACAUUGAGCCUCUUCGGACUCUGAGAACGUACAGACAGGUAAAAGAGCCAGAACUCAAAAAGGUGGAGGGGAAUUCACCGGUGAUGGGACUGUACUUGGGCUGUCACCGCACUGGCACUGUCAAACUGCGAGACCCAGUGUAUGUCGCAGUAUAGCCAAGAGAUUCAAGACUGAGAAUAUUGUAAUGAAUUUGAAGAUUCUCAACAUUUAUAAUUUCAAUAAAAAUAUAGGCUAGUGUAAAAGUGUAUGAAUUC